AUUAUAAAAAUGCAGUAUUAAUAAGUUGGACAAAACGAGAUUACAAAGGUUAUGUUAUAACCUACAAUAUGCAAUAUAUAACCAACCUAUUUCAAAUCUUGUAACAUCAAAUUCGUUUAUUUUUUGUCUUUAUAAUUGGGAAUCACGAUAUUGAUAUGAUUUCGGACAAUGGGCAGGGCAGAGUUUGGAAAAACCUUAAAAUAAAUGAUAAAGAUUAUGUGAUCUGUUUUAUAAAGGAAAAUGAAUCAUGGAAAGUUUUUUUAACAGAUCUAAUAGAAAUUUGGAUGGAGACUCUGACAGACGAAACUAUAUUUCACAAAUGUCAGAUCAUGAAUCCUCUUUUAAAUCUUGAGGUUUUUGACUGGAAGCAACUGGUACUGGAUAUAUUGAAUGAUAUCCCUCAAUACGUGCAUGCAAACGUUUUAGAAGUUACAACAUAUCGAAUAGAAUUGCGAAAGGAUAAAGAUUUUAUAAAAUUGAAAUUUUCGUUGGAUCUUCUCAAAGGAACGUUACAGCAAUUUUGGGAAAAUGUGACUAUACCUCUCUGCUCGUCAUCAGUGGAACUGAUUCGCCGGCACAAGAUUCUGCUAGAUCUGGUUAAACAGAAGGAUGAAGAGAUAGCGGAAUAUAAAGCUGAAGGCGCAGAGUUAAUUAGGAUAUAUCGCUACGAAACCAUUCACUGA